AUGCUCUACGACGCUCUCAUUGUCGGCGGCGGCCCCGCGGGGCUCGCGGCUGCCCUCGCCCUCGGCCGCGUGUGCCGCACCGCGCUGGUCUUCGACACGGGCGUGUACCGCAACGCCGGCGUCACGGCCAUGCACACGGUGCUCUCGCGCGACGGCAUGGAUCCGAGCGAGUUCCGCGCCGUCGCCCGCCGCCAGAUUGAGCGCUACCCGACCGUCUCCUUUCACGCCUCCCACGUCACGCACGCCGCCCACAUCGACCUCGAGCCGGGCCGCAAGGGCUUCCAGCUGACCGACGACGCCGGCGCCGUGUUCCGCGGCCGCAAGCUGGUCUUGGCUACAGGCACCGAGGACGUGCUGCCCGACGACAUUGACGGCUACCGCCAAAACUGGCCCGACCACAUUGUGCAGUGCCUUUUCUGCGACGGCUUCGACGAGCGCGCCUACCCCAUGGGCGUGCUGGCCUUCGACUCGCCCGCCUACGGCCACCUGUCGGUCAUGGCCCUGCACCUCAAUCCGAAAGUCACCAUCUACAGCAACGGGCCCGUGUCCGACGCCGCUCCCGUGCAGCACGCCCUGCGCGUGGCCCUGGCCAGCGGCGCCACGCUCGACACGCGCCGCAUCCGCCGUCUGGUCAACAACGGCAAAGGCCCGGAGCGCGGCAUCACGCUCGAGUUCGACGACGGGCCCAGCGCCACCCUGGGCCUGCUGAUGCACAAGCCGCCCACGCGCAACCGCGGCCAGCACCUCAUCGACCAGCUCGGCCUCAAGACGACUCCCUCGGGCGACGUGGCCGUCGACGCGCUGUUUACCGAGUCCAGCGUCCCCGGCUGCAUUGUUGCUGGCGACACCUCCGAAGUCGUCAAGCAGGCCUCUCUGGCCCUGGGAGCAGGCUGCCGCGCUGGUGCCGUAGUCUCGAUGCAGCUGUGCAACGAAGAGGGUGCGGCUGCGCUGGAGGCGAGCAAGGAGUCGCAAUAG